AUGGAUGUUUCAGAAUUAAAACAAAAGAUAAAAGAUUGGGAACAUGAGUUUAAGGAAAGAAAUAAACGACAACCGUCGAAGAAUGACAUAAAAGAAAAUAUUCAAAUUUAUAAAUUAUAUAAUUUAUAUAAAUCAAUGAGGAAAAAGAAUAAUGUUGAAUCACCAAAAAAGAAGGUAGAAGAAGAUAUUCCAAAUGAAAUUGGACCUACUCCACAAGCUAAUGGCAGAGUACGAUCCAUAUUUGAUUUAAAUAUGACACCUCCAGAAUCAUCACCUUUAAAAAGUAAAUCAAAUAAAUCAAAUAUAUCAAAUUUGACAACUUUUAAACAUCCAAUGAAUCCACCAAAUUCACCAAUAAAGAAAAUAUCCACACCUACAAAGCCAAAACAUAAUGGAUUAUUUACACCACUGAGGCAUAAUAAUAUUGAAUUUGAAACUCCUAAAUGUUUAAAAAGUCUAAUUACUACUCCCACAAAUAAAAAACAACUUGAUGUUGAUUUUCAAAUUAGUCCAUCUCCAUUUAAACAUAAAUCAAUAGGAAAGAAAUUAGUUGAAGUUUAUAAUACAUCAUUAAAAGAAAGUGAAGAUACAAAAUUAAUAGAAACUGAAGAGGAUGAAGUGAAGGAAGUGAAAGAUGGAGAUGAUCAAGAAACCGAAGAAGUGGUUGAUAGUACUGGUAAGACUUUUAAGAAAGCAAAGACUCAAAAGCGAUCUACUAGAAGGUAUAAAAUAGCACCUCGACCAAUUGAAGAAACUACAACUUUAGAUAAUGUAAAUAUAAAAGAUCAAAUCACCGAACUUACAACUAAAGAAAAAGAGAAAGUAGAAGCAUAUAUAAAUUCAGAAGAGGAAGAAGAAUCAGAACCUGAGUUAAAUAUUCCCGGAAGUCCAAUAAAACGAACCAGAAAACCAAUCACUGAAAAUUAUAAAAGAAUGAAAAUUAAUGAUCCAAGAGCAAAAAGAUUCAAAAGAAUGAGAAGAUAG